AAGAAAGGGAGAAGGCUAGAGGAAAGUGAAUCAGAGACUACUGACAAUGAAGGUGAUGAUGAAGGGGAUAUUACUGAGGGAAUGAGAAAGUGUGAAUUUAAGGGGAGAAGANAUUGUUUUCGCAGCUACCAAGACAGCAGUGAGGAGGAGUCUUUACUAGGAGAUCUCACACUCACUUACCCGGUAAUUUGCGAAGAAGGGAGUGAGCCGCGAUGGAAACCUUUACCUUUAAAAACUCUUAAGGAAUUACAGUCAGCAGUAAAAACACUGGGCCCUACUGUACCUUAUACUUUACAGAUCCUGGAUGCAGUAGCAAGCCAGUGGCUGACCCCUUGUGAUUGGCACCAAACAGCAAAGGCUACUCUCGCUCCCAGAGAUUUCAUUCUCUGGAGAACAGAGUAUGAAGAGAGGGGCAGAAAGUUAGCUCAGGAAAAAUCUACAUGGAAAAAUGGAGCUAAACCCACGGUGCCUAUGCUUCUUGGGCAAAAAGACUAUGCUAAACCAGCAGCACAGCUGAAAACCCCAAAGGCAGUGUUGGAGAAAAUCAAUCAGAUAGCCGUAUCCAGCUGGCAGAGUUUACCUCCACCUGGGGCUAAGUUCACAGUCCUUUCAGGAAUUAGGCAAAGGCAUGAUGAGUCUUAUGAAGGUUUUGUGGCUAGAUUGGAAGAGGCAGUUUCUAGGAUGCUUCCCCCUCGGAAGGAACUGAUAUAUUAAUAAAACAAUUGGCUUGGGAAUACGUGAACACCUUGUGCCAAGACCUGAACAGACCAAUCCGCAAGGCAAGUUCCCUACAAGAUUAUAUUAAAGCAUGUGUAGAUGCUUCACCGGCUGUAAUUCAGGGGAUAGCUUACGCUGCAGCAAAGAAAGGGAAGACAUUCGGCGCUACUGAUGGAAUUACAUGUUUCAGUUGUAAAAAACCGGGGCACCUGAGAGAUUGUAAAAAUCUCUCAGUAGACACGAAGAGCAUUCCUUUGGGUCCUUUCCAGCGUUGUGACAAACACUGGAAAAGUGAAUGUAAAUUCAAGUCCCAUAAGGAUGAGA